AUAGGAAACAUCUUGGAAACCCUGCACAACCAUUGCCAGGCCCAGGGUGUAUGGCCCGUGGAGGAACGCCAGGCCCUGGGAGCGUGUGACUCGGGACCAGAACCCAGCCCCCGCGAGGCCGCCACUGCCAGCCCCCGUGAGGACCCCUGGGACGGGAGUGCGAGUUGGGCCAUGGCCCAGGAGCCUCCUGGGAGAGCCUGCCUGUUUCUGAAGCCAAUAUACUGGGACCCUGAGGACUUCGAGGAUGCCUGGAGGCCGGAUACCUCGCCCGAGCGGUCCAGGCGGCUGGCUGUCCCUCGCGCCCUGGAGAAGGUGCGGACGCUGGUCCACGGAGAGCCCGUGCUCGCCACGGCCGUGGGCAGCUUCACGCGGCACGUGUUCACCUGCGGCAGGCACGGCAUCAAGGUGUGGAGCCUGACCGGCCAGGCGGCCGAGGACAGGUUCCCUGAGAGCCAUCUGCCCGUACAGCCUGGACACCCGCCUCGGGUCGGGCUUUCGGGCGCUGGCGCCAUCCCUGCGGACCUGGCCGGCUCCCCGAAUGGAGCCAAGAGCGUCGUGGCCAAAGCCCACCACGUCUGGACGGGGGGCCUGGACGCCCGUCUGCGGUGCUGGGACCGGAGGGCCACCGGGGAGCCCGUGGAGCACCAGUUCGAGUCUCAGAUCAUGGGCCUGUCCCACGCCUCCCACGAGGACUGGGUGCUGGUCGGCUUGGCAAACGGGCAGCAGUGGCUGCAGCACCCCUCGGGCCACCGGACGCCCCUGGCGGACCGCAACGACACCAUCCUGGGUCUCAAGGUCUCCCCCUUCGGUGAGCGGCUGGUGGCGGGCGGGGGUCUUCCCCGGGACCCUGGGGACACCCCACAGCCCCUCGUGCCCGAGCACGCCUCCGUCGUGUGCUGCGACGUGGCUUCCAACAACCGCCUGGUCGUCGCGGGGGCCGGGGACGGUGCCUCGGUGUACCAGAUCGCCUACUGA